ACUUCUCUCCAACUCCGAGGAGCAGAGGAAGCCGAAGUACCGGGGCAGCAGAGAGCCGGGCACGCACGCAGCGCCUUUCCCACCUCGUUUCUCCAUCGUCGGAACAACCCGUCGGUGCCAAAAACAUGACAAUCUGCGUGCAGGGGAUGCUGUUCCUGUCGCUCCUGGUGACGUUCGCCGCUUGCAACGCUCCCCCGGUCCCGUUAGACGACAUCCUCAUUGAGAAAACUUCUGUGCCAGAGCAGUGUACGCGAGCCGUCAAAGUAGGGGACUUCGUCAGGUAUCACUACAUCGGCACGUUCCCCGAUGGAAAGAAGUUCGAUUCCAGCUACGAUCGAGGCAGCACCUACAACGUGUAUGUUGGCAAGAAGCAGCUGAUUGCAGGGAUGGACAAAGCCCUGGUGGGGAUGUGUGUGAAUGAGCGAAGUCUCGUCAAGAUUCCCCCUCACCUCGCCUACGGAAAGGAAGGAUACGGUGACCUCAUCCCUGCUGACGCCAUCCUCCACUUUGAUGUCCUGCUGCUCGACGUGUGGAACGCGGAUGAUGCCGUCCAUCUCAACACUUACCACACGCCCUCCGUCUGCUCCAGGAAGGUGGAGGUUUCUGACUACGUCCGGUACCACUACAACGGCACCCUGCUGGACGGGACCCUCUUCGACUCAAGCCACACCCGGAUGCGAACGUACGACACCUACGUCGGGAUCGGCUGGCUGAUUGCUGGAAUGGACCAGGGACUUCUGGGAAUGUGUGUCGGAGAAAAACGCAUCAUCACGAUGCCUCCGUGGCUCGGCUACGGGGAGAAUGGAGACGGCAGCGACAUCCCAGGACAGGCGUCUCUGGUGUUUGACGUCGUACUGUUGGACCUCCACAACCCCAGAGACGGGAUCUCGCUGACCAAUGUGGUCGUCCCCGAGUCUUGCACGAGGAAGACGGUCACCGGGGACUUUGUGCGUUACCACUACAACGGCAGCCUCUUGGAUGGGACCUUUUUUGAUUCCAGCUACUCUCGUAAUCGCACCUAUGACACCUACGUGGGUAAAGGCUACGUGAUCGCCGGCAUGGAUGAAGCUCUGAUUGGAGUCUGUAUAGGAGAGAAACGCACCAUUACCAUCCCGCCGCAUCUGGCCUACGGAGAGGAGGGCACAGGUAGUAAGAUCCCUGGGUCAGCUGUGCUUGUGUUUGACGUCCACAUCAUCGACUUCCACAACCCUUCAGACCAGACUGAGGUCACCGUCACCUCCACGCCCGAAGGGUGUGAUCAGAAAACCAAGAAAGGAGACUUCGUCAAAUAUCACUACAAUGCCUCUCUGAUGGAUGGAACGCAUAUCGACUCCACGUAUAAUUAUGGAAAAACUUACAACAUCGUCCUGGGAGCCAAUCAGGUCGUGCCAGGGAUGGAGGAGGGAUUGAUGGACAUGUGUGUGAGCGAGAAGAGGCACCUUGUUAUUCCCCCUCAUCUGGGCUAUGGCGAGAGAGGAGUCCCCAAUGAGGUUCCAGGGAGUGCUGUGAUGGUGUUCGACAUCGAGCUGGUUGAGAUGGAGGAAGGUCUUCCUGAGGGCUACAUGUUCAUCUGGAACGAUGACGUGUCACCCGACCUUUUCGCCGAGAUGGAUAAAAACACUGACGGGCAGGUGGAGCCCUCUGAGUUCACCGACUACAUCAUGAUUCAGGUGAACGAGGGAAAAGGCCGCCUGGCUCCUGGCUUUGACCCCUACCGCAUCAUUGACAACAUGUUCUCCAACCAGGACCGCGACGGAGACGGGAAGAUCACGGAGGCGGAGUUCAAGCUCAAAGCUGAUGAAUCCGCUGCCCAUGAUGAGCUAUGACGGGACUGAGUGUCGAACGUAU